GCCCCAAUACCUCAAGGAUGAGAUUCUAUGAUGUCAGCAACUGACCUCUGUGACACAGGCAUUCCACACCAGAGAGCGCCACCCUAGGAAAUGGGGCCCUCAGCUCCCACUGGGGGUAGCAACGCUGUGCUGCCCCGUAGACAAAGCCUCAGUCUCCCGCAGGCUUGUAGCAGCUGAUCCCACUGCUGUUGUGGCUGCUGGCUGUGCUAAACCAUCUUAGUCAGGGCCUGGCUGAUCUGGAGAGGACAUCAGCAUUAGGGAGGACAAGGGGUCAGGGAACCAGUGACAGAAAUCCAAGAUGUUUGAGGAAUCUCUGGGUCAGGAUUAGGAGAAGGCCAAACACCAGUCACACAGAGGACUUCUGGCUGGCUGCGGGAGGACUAGGGCAAUAUUCAGGUCCCCUCUUCACUAAGCGCCUUGUGAAAAAAGGCCCAGAGGAAUCCUCAAUGGUCUCAUGGGCUGUGUCUUCCUCGAAGUACCCUUAGUUCCCAAAGGGCAAUUCUGACUCUCCAUUCUUAUGUAUUUUUCAUCAAUGGCUGACUACAAAGAUGUGAGAAACCAGACUUAGGCUGAGCCUACAACCCGAGCACUCCGAGGGCCUUGGGCUGCAAGGCGGGCACUUCCUUGGCCUACUGCCACCACCAGUAGCAACAACGGCCUGGAGCCACACAGUUCCCAGAAGGCUAACUGGAUGCUCAGCCACCACUGGUCCCUGAGAUCUGAGUCCCAACUCUGCUAAACCCUCAUUUUGUUGCCCAAUCCCUUUUGGAUUCAAGGCAAUGUUGCCUCAAAACCAGGAUCAGGUGCUACUACUGAACACAUUUCCUCCUGAGUGUCCCCCUUGGAGUGUCUCACAAUUUGCGGACUCUCAUCACCCCAACCUCCAGCCUUGGUCUCUGAGUCAAUCCCUCCCUUCUUCCCACCCACCUUUCUCAUCUUCCCCACAAUCCCAUCUGUCCUCCUCACCUCCACAGCCCCACUCGUCCAGCCCUCAUUUUUACUCUUGUGAUGCCAAUUCUGACUUAGCUCCACACCCCUAUUCCUCCUCUCUCCCAAGUCCCCCCACUUUUUUCCACCAGAGCUACCCUUACCUCUCCCUUCCACAUUCCUCUUCUCCCUGGAACAACUACUGGCUGUACCCAACUCCUCCACUUACCCAGCCCUCAUCAUCUUCCCAGCCACAGAACUCCUUUCCCGGAUCCCACUGCCAAUCCCCUUCCUGCCCUCAAGACCUCCCUAGCUCAAGGCUCACAUCUACCAGUCCUGCCCUUACAUCUCUAGGAGUCCACUCUAACAGGCAGGCAUGGCAUGGGUACAGGGGAACCAGGUCCCCUGUGGUGGUAGUGGGAUGCAAUGCAAAGGAGAGGAAUCCUGCAGAGUUCAAGGACCCAGGGGACCUGGCCCAGAUCCUGGUGGCCCAGCUAGGGCUUCGACGCAUAGCGCGCGACCUGCGACUACUGCUUUUGCAGCACUUGUGGCUUGGCAGAACCGGUCAGGCUCCAGUUGUGGAGUAUCCUAUAUGCCUUGUGUGCCUCCAGCCCCGAAGUCCUUCUUGUCCAAUCCCCAGGUACAGUACUGUACCCCAGCUGCUUGCCUUCCCUCGACUACUGCCCUGUGCUCCCGACCAAGAAUCUGGGCCACUCCGAAUAGGCAUCGGCUUCGGCCUCCGCCUGCCCCUGGGCGAGGCCAGGGCCUUGAAUCUGUUCCCAAAAAGAAGACAGGAGGAAGUAGGGUCUUGGGGCAAGGAUACUCAGCCCCCUCAGGGUCAAGUACCUAUAGCCCAGGCCCCAGGGGCUCAGGCCCAGGCAGAUCCAGCCCCAGGCACACCUUUCCCAUCCAGGAGCCACAGGUCUGCACAUCUUCAAACACCAAACUCCACCCAAAGGUUAGGGCCUCCACCUCAGGCCCCAAAGCAAGCCUCCCUAAGUCCCAGGCCUUCUCGAGUCCCAAACUGGCCUGGCUGGCCAGAGUCUUUUCUCCAAAAGUUCCCAUCCUAGUUCCAGAGCUACGGAGGAUCCCUGGAAUUCCCCAUCCAAACCCCAGGCUCUCCAGCAAACCCCAGAUCUCAGGGACCCCCCGAGACACCUUGAAGGGCUGGCUGGCUGAAGGUCAAGUAUGCUCUCCUGUCCUGAACCCUGGAAACCCCCUUUGGAGUCUUCUUUCUCCUAGUUGAAGUAGACUAAGGGCACCAGA